GCAGGCAAACAAGUCUCAAGCGUCACGGCAAAUUCGGUGCCGCGGGCCCGGUCCAACAUCCCGUUGAACGCAGUGGCGCUACAUGCAGAUACAGCCUUUAAGUUAGACGUGUCCAGGUUCACCUCUGAAGAGGCCAAAGAGAGGCACGUGGGCGAGUGCGGCGAUCCUCCCGAGGUGGAGAUUUUGUCGCGUGGUGAGGAUGGCGGAGUGCUUGCGGCGAGGGGAACGAUCCGCGUCCGCUACAACGCUCGGAAGAUCUUCGAAAGCUUUUGCGAUCCUGAGGAGAACAAACGGAUCUUUGACAAUUGCGCAUCUGUGAACUUCCGAGACCUCCUCCAUGAAGACAAGGUGAAGAAAACCCGACUCUUCGAGGUGAGCAAGACAGGGCAAUGGACACUGCUAGGAAUCCCCAUCAACUUCGAGUCCACCGUGUUAGCCAUGGAGGAUUGGAAGAAGUAUGAGAUCAGUUUCAAGUUAAAGAAGCAAGGAGCUAUGAAGCACAUGUCAGGCUUCUGGCGCGUAGUUCCAGUUAGCCAGGACGAGUCCAUCGUUCUCUUCUACAAUGAAGCGGUUCCUUUCAUCCGAAUCCCUUCCAUGUUUAAAUUCUUUGCAGGUCGUCUCAUCUCCGAGAUGGCAGCAUCCUUACUGGAGGACCUUAGGCGUGCCACAAAGCGAUGGCAGAAAGACGAGGCAGAGGGCAGAAUACUUGUUCUCAAUGCAUCUGAGCCUGGUGUUGAUGUGGAGAACGAGCAAAAGACGCCGUCUCCCUUUUGACAGCUGAUUCCAACUGCCACCUUUCCAAAGAUGCUCGGGCCAUGAAGCCUGUUGGG